GAAUAGAGACCCUUUCACAAUAAAAAGUAACAACAGCAGAUUCCCAAUCAUCCUCUCCACUCUAUAGGAAACAGCCAUAAUUGCACCCAACAGUAACUUUCACCAUAAAAAGUUAGAACCCUCUAAGCUACCCACUUCAUUGAUUGCUUCAUCUCUUUUCAACUUAAUCUUCCAAUUAUAUAAACCUAUCAAUCUCCAUCAACUUCCCUUCAACCACACUUCCUUUUUCUAGUUCCAACCUUUCAUCAUGAGUACUACUUCUUCCUGCACAAACUCUUCUGUCAAUGGCUUCUACAACUUCCUCACUAAAGGACUCAAUGAGCUUCACCAAUCCUUCCUCUCCCAUCACUUCAUGUCAAUCCAAUUCAUUUCACAGGUUCUCUCAUCCCUCCAAUCCUUCCACUCCAAGUUAACCAUUUUGAUCCAAAGACUCUGCUUGCCCGUUGGAGGCAAAUGGCUCGAUGAAUACAUGGAUGAAAGCUCAAGGCUUUGGGAUAUCUGUCAUGUUCUCAAAUCAGCCAUUUAUGGUAUAGAGAACUAUUCCUCAACUGCCUCCAAUAUAACCUCCUUAGUCGAUGCCUACCAUCAUUUCACUCCAGAGCUUUCACAUCAGGUGGUCAGGGCCAUAAAUAUUUGUCAAAGGGAGAGUCUAGGAUUGGUGGAGGAAAACAAAAGCAUGAUGGAAACAAGAAUUCAGGCAUUGUCUCAAUGCCUAAAUCAGAACAUGUGUAUGGAAUCAAAGCUAAACGAGUUCAAUGGUUUCCGAGGAGUACUUUGUGCAAUGAGGAGUGUUAGCUCAUUGCUUCUCAUGAUUUUGCUAUGUGGAGUUGCAUAUUGUUGGUCUUCCUCGUGCUUUGAGCAACAAGGGUAUGAAGGGCACAUGGUUUUUGGAUCAGGUUUUGUGGUUUCCAUGGCAAGAUUGCAGCAGAAAGUUGCACAGGAGAUUGAGCACAGUAAUGGGCAGCCAGGGAUUCUGCUGCUUGAAUUUCAACAAGCAAAGAUUGCAAUGGAGGAAUUGAAAAUGGAGUUGGAGAGAAUGGUGGGCUAUGAUGCACAGUGUGAGAUCCAAUCAAAAGUUGACAACUUGAAACGUUGCUUUGGGUUGUUGAGAUGUGGGGUUGAGACUAUAACAGGGCAACUUGAUGAUUUCUUUGAUGAAAUUGUGGAAGGAAGGAAGAAGCUUUUGGAUAUGUGUAGUCAUAAGUAGUAGAUAUGUAUAUGAUUAAUUUUCUUCAAUGAAGCCAUAGCAAAGGUGGAAGAAUAUUUGAGGACAAGGGAAAAUAAAAAAUGUUGAAAAAUGGAAGCAAUGUCAUGAUUUUUUUUUCUAUUUGCUGAUUUGAUAGGGAAUUGAUUUACAAGAUGGCUUUGGUGUUGAGGCCUUGAAGAAGCUUUUCCAAUGAAAACAAAAAGCAGAGUUAAAAAAUGCAAAAGGGAAUGUGAUACUUGCUUUGAAAUGAAGCUACAUGUCAUACAUGAAAAACCAGAAUUUUAAGAUGCCAAUGCCUUCAAGUCAGAGAAACCUCUUUCUAUGCAGAGGUGUAGUAUUCUUUUCAUGUAUUGUAAGCAUGGAAGAAAAUUAAAGAGGAAAAGAAAACAUAUAGUUUCUUAAUAAAAAAUUGAUGCUUUUUCUUCAUCAA